AUGUCAACCUUCACCAUAGGAAAAUCAUCCCCUAAUCAAAGUGAUACAAAGAGUCCCACUCUUACAGGGAAAAGCAGACAACAGGUUGUUCAUGAUGACAACAACAAGCGAAGGACCCUGUUGCAGGAUAGCAGCUGGAUAAAGAAAAGACCUGAGGAGGAGAGUACUAAUGAAAACUAUGGCAGAGUUGUGCUUAACCAAUACAAAUCUCAAGAUAGUUUACACAGUAACUUGAAUGAAAAGGAAGAUCAGAAAGUUUUACUUGGCCGAUACAGAUCUGAUACUACUUUAGACAGAAUUUCAGACACAAGAGAUGCUGAUAAAACAAAUAAUUCCCCACCCUUAGAUAAUAGGACAACUAAAAGACAGUCCUGGACUCCUUCAAAUACAUCAACCACUACUACCACCACCACCACCACAUCUCCUGUGAAGCACAAAAGGCAGUCUUGGAUGCCACCACCAGUCUCCGGUUAUAAGAACACCACAGUUACUGUGGAAAACAAAGGGCAGUCCAGAACUCCACCAGAUACAACCACCACAACUAUAGUUGAUACUAAACGAAUUGCUUCUUCAGACAAUUCAGAAGGGCCAAAGAUGCAGGUAUCUCCACCAAAACCUGGGAUAUCUGUUGAUGAAAGAAGAAUCACAACAGAAAGAACUACAAGGAGCCAAGAUCUUGAUAAUCUCAAAAAAAAUCCCACAACUCACACAAAUAACAAGGGAGGGAAAGACCUUGAUGAUCUCACUGUUGUAAAUACUGCUGCACAGAAAAAUAAGAGAGGCCAAAAUCUUGAUGAGCUCAUUGAAGUAAAGGCUCCUGUGGAGCAAAAUAAAAAUCGGACAACUGAGCAACCCUCUGAUUCUGCUAGUGCUCCAAAUAACCGAUCUGACACAAACUACUCUUAUGACAACAGAGGAUCCAGCAAUAAAACUUCGACCAGUUACUCAAGUCCAAAGGACAACGUUGUGUACACCAGGACAUAUGAGGAGAAUAGCAAAUCACCCAAUGACGCAUAUAAAGAAAAUGUCACUGGAAAGUCUAUCAAAACUGUUUACUCUACUUCUGAUCGGACUAUAAUUGAAAAAGAUAUGUGUACAUACUGCCGGAAGCCACUGGGCAUAGAUUCCAAAAUGAUCUUAGAUGCCUUACAGAUUUGCUGUCACUCAACUUGCUUCAAGUGUGAAGUGUGCAAAAGACCUCUGGAAGAUCUGAAAGCAGGAGACAGCAUUUGGAUUUACAGAAAUACUGUGCAUUGUGAACCCUGCUAUUUCAAAAUUAAAGAAAAAUGGAUCUACUAGUUUGGGCUUCCAGAAACUAGGAUAAAGA